UACCGGUGCUACGGGCUUUCGAGCCGUUGGAUAUGAGAUCCAACAGAUCUGAGGAACUGUUGUAUCUACACGCAAUUUACGAACUCCUAAAGGUUUUUUUUGGAAAAAUGUCUGACAUUUGCUGGGAGCUCUUGGAUCUGAGAUCCGACGGACGAGCUCGCAAGCAUCUGGGCUUAGGUGCUCCGGGAGCACCAGAUAUUUUCCCCCGGCCCCGGGGAACUCGGAUCUCUGCUUCACCACGCACCGCGACCAAGCACCGAAACCGUAGACACGCGCACACAUUUCCAUCUGCAAGCAAGAGGCCGGCCCACGCGUUCCACGUUUCGUACGUGAUACUACAUUCCGGUCGUCGCGCGCACAGCACGUCCGACGAAGCUGAGAUCGAUGAGGCCCGACGCCGGCGCCGCGGGGAGCAUGGCGUCCAUGGAGUGGGAGCCGAAGGCGCUCUCCCUCCACGAGCUCAAGUACGCGAGGGAGGCGGCGCUGUACGUCCUGAGAACGCACUCCUCGGAGGACGCCGACCGGAUCUUCACCGAGGGCCUCAAGCCGGUGCUGGGCGUCAGGAGGGACUCCAUGGCGGACUCCGACGAGGAGGAUGACCAGGGUGACGAGGACUACGACAUGUUCAAUCCCUACGCGUUUCUUGACGAUGACGGUGUCUGCUGCCACCAGUACGGACGCACCGCCGAGGAACGGGAUGUUGCUACCGCACCUUUCUAAUUAGCUUUACACAACACCUAUUGACUAGCUUAGAUCACCUGUAAAUAUAUAUAAUUUUUUUGAUAGUAUGGAUACAAUUUUUUGAUACACGUGGUAGUUACUUUCUCUCCAUUCGAGAAGGCAUGUAAUGUACAACUAUGAACAUUUUAGAGAUCGAGACGGCGCGAAUAGAGAUUUUUAUGAAGACAGUGUUAUUUAUUGAUGAUGUAAACUACUCAGAUUUGUA